GGUACUUCAUAACAAUUUUUGAACUGAAAAUAAGUCAGCCUCUGGAGAUUAUAAUUAAACAAACUAUAUUGUAAUACAAAAUGUUAUUCUAUUCAUUUUUCAAGUCACUAGUUGGGAAAGAUGUUGUUGUUGAGCUAAAAAAUAAUUGCAGCAUCUGUGGUACAUUACAUUCAGCAGAUCAGUAUUUAAAUAUCAAGCUUACUGAUAUAAGUGUUACAGAUCCAGAAAAAUACCCUCAUAUGCUUUCAGUAAAGAACUGCUUCAUAAGAGGCUCAGUUGUAAGGUACGUACAGCUACCAGCAGAUGAAGUUGACACUCAGUUAUUGCAAGAUGCUGCAAGAAAGGAAGCUGCUCAGAGCAAGCAAUAAUUACUCAUUUAAAAAUAUCAGAUAUUAUCUUCCAUUUGACUUUGUACAUAACACAUAACUGUCAACUGAACAUUAAAAUGAAAGUGAAGAAAUAUUUUUGUAAAGACCAAGUAAAUGUUUUUUUCAUUUUAUAUGCAAAUGUUUCACAAAUAUUAUGUUAGAAACUAAACUGAGAUUUAAAUCCAUAUAUAGUUUAAAUAUGCUGUGCAUUUUAUCAGGACUACUAAGAAAUUGAUUAAGGUUUUGUUAUAGUUUAAUUUUCUCAAGAUUUUCAUAGGAAAAAUGUUUUGAGUUUUCUCUUUUAAAUUUAAUGACUAAACUCUUCAUUUCAUUUAUAUAAAUUAUUAAUUAAAAUUAUUUAUUAAUUAAAGUUUCUGAACUUUAUAUAACUAUUAAUUUCAAAAAUAGAAGUGUGAGGCAACUUUGAUUCUUAAAUUUUCUCAUUCUGUAGUAUUUAUAAUUUUGAUCAGAGUUCCUAUUACAAAAUAGGUAAAAGUCAACUUUA